CUAAAACUUGCAAAAAAAUAUAUUCUAAAUUGCAAAAAUUUAAGAUACUUUGAUUUAAAGACUUGAAAUGACUUGAAGUUCAAAGCAGACGACUUGGACUUGACUUAGACUCAUGGGCCCGUGACUCGAGACUCGACUCGGACUUGCCUUGUCUUGUUUUUGACUCGGGACUUGACUCGGACUUGAGACUUACAAAACAACUCGAUUUGGUCCCACCUCUGACUGUAACACAUGACACAUUUCGAUCACUUUUUUACCCUUUAUUGUUUUUAAAAUGCUAUAUUCACCUGAAAUAUCACGUUUUAGAAGUUUCGCUUUUCGUAUUUGACCCCCUCCCUUUGCUCUCUGCCCUAAACCACUUCCCAUUCCCCUUCAGACCGCAAUGACAACACAGAAUUCAGCCAUGGCCCUCGUCGACCUCUCGUCCCUGUCGUGCCCCGUGUGCCUGGACCUCCUGACCGCGCCCGUCACCAUCCCGUGCGGACACAGCUACUGCCGCAGUUGCGUGCAGCGCCACUGGGGGCAGCAGAGCGGCCCGUUCAGCUGCCCCCUGUGCCGGAGAGCGUACGGCCGCAAACCCACCCUCAAACCUACCUUCCAGCUGGCGGCGCUGGUGGACGGGGUGAGGCAGAGGACGCCCCCGGCCGCCAAACGACGCGAACGGCCUCGGGAUUUGUCGUGCGACGUGUGCGAGGAGAAACAGGAGACGAAGAGGAGGAGGAAGAAGAGGAGGAGCAGCCCGGACACGGUUCAAGAACAUGACGAGACGCAAAAGAGGGUGAGCAGGGUCCAUAUUCUCUACAACCUCGAGCUGAAGCAGGCCGAACUGAAGAAACUUCACCAGCAGCCCCAUCACAUCCACCGCACAGCCAGAGAGACACUGGAGCGCGUGGACGAGAGCUUCAGCCUCCUGUCCCUGCUGCUGGAGAAGACGAGAGCCCAGGUGAAAGAGCAGAUGUACCUCUACAAGAAGGACCAGCUGAGGAGCAUCCAGGAGAACCAGGAGAGGCUGCAGGAGGAGGUGAGCGAGCUGAAGGAGAGCCUGCCAGAGCUGGACCCGCUGGACGCUGAUGAUGAAGAGGAUUUACCGACCAAAGCCCCAAAGCCCUCAGAGACAAACCUGGAUCAGUCUGAAGCCUGGAGCUUCUGUGGUCAUGUGACCUCGUCUGUGUCGUCCCUGUGUCUCUCACUUCAGUCCACGCUCGAGCUCUUCUGCCCGCCUGAGCCUGAGCCGGUCAACAGGGCGGGCUUCCUGAGAUGUGCCUGUGACGUGAGCAUGGAGCCCACCUCUGCUCACGCAGGGCUGUCCCUGUCUGCGGACAACAGACAGGUGAUCCUGAGGAGCCCGGCCCCGCCCCCUCCUGACCACCCUGACAGGUUCACUCACUACAGGCAGGUGCUGAGCAGGGAGGCGCUGAGCGGCCGCUGUUACUGGGAGGUGGAGCGGAGCGGGUGGGGCGCCGUGCGCGUCGCUCUGUGCUACAGGGACAUCCAGAGGAGGGGACAUGUGGACACCUGUGCCUUUGGACACAACCCUGAGUCCUGGAGCGUGGACAUUUCAGACAAAGGCUUUUCCUUCUGCUUCAAAGGGAAGCGUGUGGAGCUGGCUGGACCACCAGCCUCUCGACUCGGGGUGUACCUGGACCACAGCGCAGGUCUGUUGUCCUUCUACAGCGUCUCCCACAGCAUGAACCUCCUGCACAGACUCCACACACACUUCACUCAGCCUCUGCACGUGGGCGUCUGGUUCUACUGGGGAUAUCAGGGAGACUCUGUCUACUUCCCCAAACUACAAAACAAUCCUUUUAUACAGAUGAUCUGUGUGUAACACUGGGCCUAUCCACAAACAUCCUGUCGGGUACAUUUACAAAACUUUAAAUUCAGUCAUUUUGAUCAAAGUGAAUUCCACCUUCCAGAAUGUAAAUCCAGUCUGUUCAAUACUUUUUCAAUGUUGUUCAUGCUGAAUAUUUUGUAUUUAUGUUAAAUCUAUUCAAUUUUUUUGGUCUAACAUCUUAUUGUUUGCAUUUGUUUAUUUGAUUUUAGUUUAUUUGGAGUUUAUAUUUACUAUGGUUCAUAUUUUAUGUUGCACCCUGAGGCCACAGUGUGACACGGUUUGACACGGUGUUUAGGCCGGGACGUUUGCACUUGCACUUUUAUUUUGACAGCAUCCUGGAGUUUAUUUUUAGAUUGUAAAUGUGACACAGACACAUGAGGACGGAGACAGAUGGAGAGAGUUUACCUGAGCUCAGCACGGACCGGGGGGACAGGGACGAGAUGGAGAACAGGCACACAGCCCAGUCCCACAGCCUGAGCAGCUCUGGUACGAUAAUAAACUACUGUACUGUUAAAUCUGUUAAAUACAGUUAGAUUUGAAGUGAAACGACAGCAAAAUGUCUGUAACUUGUUGAAUCAUUCUGUAAGAGUAAAAACAUAUUUAACCAUAUUUAUUAGAAGGAGUUAAAGCCACAGAAUGUAACUUUUUUAUUGCCAAAAAAUAGACGUUUUUUC